CUUUAGUAUCCCGAGAAAAAGGUAACAGGUUGCAGUUCCAACAGCAGCGCAGUGAACUUAUUACUGUAGACGUUUAUGAAGGCUAUAGUUUAACAUGGUUCUUUGACAGACGUAUGGGGAGAUAUUUAGGGUAUCUUCGGUGACAAGACGAGAGGAAACAUAAGAAGAGAAGCUAAGAAGAUACUUUGAAGGAGAAGAGUAUGAGCUCACAGUCUUCCGGCCGAAGGCCCCCGAUGGACCAUGGAGUCCAGAUCCAUUCUAUUAACAAUAUCGGGGACUCUAGAGGAGGACAGCCAAUGCCCCAAACCAAGUCCAGGCCUAACACUCCCUCCAAAUAUGGCGUAGCGGUCAGGGUAAAGGGGAUCGACGGGAAGCCGUAUGUAGUCCUGAAGGAUGGACAGAGGGGAGACUCAUACGGGGUCCAGCUUAGGACUAACUAUUCCUCAGGCUACGGCAGCCUUCCCCGGAGGAGAGACAUGGCAGAGGCUGGAGUACAGUGGGCGGAGUCUGAAGGGGAGGGAGGCCCUCCAGGGGCGCUCCGCCGGGCUCAGUCUCAUGGCUCACUCCUAGACAAGGAUGGAGGUGGCAGCAGUGAGGAUUUUCAUCUGUCUAGACCCCCUGGGGAUGGAAAGUCUGGUAGUUAUGGUCAUCUAGAUGGAAGCGGUGCAGUAAGGAGAGACAGAGGGGAAGUGUGGGGAAGUAGAGAAGGGAUUGAGGACAGGAGAAUGUGGAAUCAGGCUGUCCAAGGAGGGUAUCACAGGUCAGUGGAACCAGUUAGGAGCAAUCAUUCAUACCCUGACCCACGUCACCAAGCAAACGAGCCCCCCUCCCAUCAGACACAGCCUCCUGUCAACAGACAGAUGAACAGCUUGGAUGGUGGAAUAGCUGUAGGCCAGCAGGGAAGAUUCUCACCUACACAGCCACAACACAGGUCGACGGCUCCAGUCCACCACUCAAAUCCUCACACCCCGCCUCAGCCCUCCUCUCACCGCAGCUUAGGACAUGGCCAGGCCCCGGGCUCCAGGUUCCCUGGGCCCUCUGCCAAUCAGUGGGCUUCAGAGGAACGGAGACAUGUGGAUCUGGCCGACUCACAAUUUUCUGAUCUAUGUCUUAAGGUGACCCCUGACCUUUUACUGGACCAGGUUCAGUGUGCGGGGAUGAGCUUUGAGGAGGAGCAGGUCAUGAAGAUGGUGUACAACAUCCUGAGACAGGGAUCUUCUGAGAGUGAUGCUGUCAUCUGGAACAAAGUCAAAAGCAUUUUUCAGAAGUUUCAGAGCAUAAUGCCUAAAGAAAGCCCCCGGGAAGAGUGGGUGAGAGAAAAAAGGGACUUGGAGACUAAGGUGGCUCAACUGCAGACUGCCCUGCGUGACGAUAGAAGGGUCUCCGCUAGCAAUUCUGACCCUGCUUUGAAAGCUGAGCUGGAGUCCUGCCUGGAUGAAAACCUGCAGCUCCAGGAGAUGCUGGACCGGAAGAAGAAAGAAUUAAACGAAACACAAUCAGAGCUGACUCAGCUGCGUAUGGACAGGGAGAAUGCUGAAGCUCGGGUUAGACAGUUGGAGGACCACCUGGCAGAACUUCAGGAGGAGCUACGAAGAGAAAAUGGCAGCAAGACGGACCUGGUGUCUAGUCAGGCACAGCUUGCAGAGGUCUACCAGCAGAAACAGAAGCUGGAGGAGACACUCAGGCAACGAGAGAGGGAGCUCACAGCUUUGAAAGGAGCUCUGAAGGAAGAGGUGUCCUCACAUGACCGAGAACUCGAAAAGCUGCGAGAGCAAUACAGGGUGGACAUGGAGAAGCUCCGCAGCAGCAUGGAACAGGUGUCUCAGUCUCACGCAGGAAUCGAAGCCGAGCGGCAGCGAGUGAACGCGUCGGUUCGCACUUUGCAGCAGCAGCUGGAGGAUUGCAGAGACGAGAGCAACCACUGGAUGGAGCAGUUUCACGCCACCAGAGAUGAACUUCGAAGCACCAAACAGGAAGAGACACCCGGCAACUCUGAAACACUGCUUCUGCAAAUCCGCCUGGAGAGAGAGGAGUCUGAGGAUGAGCUGAAGGAGCUUAAGGAGAAGAUGAGCACCAUGAAGCAGCAGCCAGCUGACUCUGGCCAGUCAGAGACUCUCAAACAGGAGCUUCAGCGGUGCAGCGCUGAUAUGCAGAAGGUCAAGUUAGAGCUGGAGAAACAGAGGACAGAUUAUGACAAGAAAGUCAUGGAAUUGAUCUCCCUUAAAAAGACUCACCAGAACCAGGAGGCUGAGCUGAAGUAUGAGAUCGACAGGCUGAAGGACCAGUUACAGAGGGCCAAAGAUGACUAUGCAAAAGCACAGGAGAAAAAUAAACAGCUCCCCAGCCCAGCAGCUAUCUCAGAGCUGGAGCAGAAGCUAACUGAAGCACAAAGAGAAGCUAGCCAUUUAAAGGUGAAGCUCUCUCUUACUGAAGAAGAGCUGGAAAGCGCUAAAACAAGUGUGGGUAAAGCUCAGAUAGAGGUUAACUCUCUCCAAGAUGCUCAGAAGGAGCAGGAGGCAGCUAACACCAGGCUCAAAGAGAAACUCUCAAGAUUAGAGGCUCAGUUGCAGAGCAACGCUACAGAAAGCUCAGAGGCAGAGCUCGCCCUGCACGCAGAGGUUAGAGGCCUCAGAUCUGAGCUGGAUGAAGCCAAGAGGAAAGCUUCCAAGCUCAGCCAGGAGUACCGUGAACUCGGCCUGCGUCUGGAGGGCACAGAGAGAGACAGAGACUCACUAAAACAGACCAUCAGCCAGCUGGAGGACACCAAACAGCAGCAAGAGAGAUCCUUAGAAAAGCUCAACAAAGAAUACGAGUCUCUGAACUUAACUUCAAAAGGAGAGAUCCAGAAUCUUAAAGUUCUGCUGGAGGAGCAGAGAGAGCGAACACGAAAGGAGGUGCAGGAGGUACAGCGCCAUGGAAACGACACAAAGUCUGAGCUGGAACGCAACCAACAGAAUUUAAGGAGACUAGAAGAAGAGAUGGUUCGACAGAAGAAAGAGCUUCAACUUGCUUGUGAGGAGAGGGACAACCACCAGCUUGAUAAGGAGCUUCUCACCAACAGACUGCGCCACCUAGAGGGAGAGUUGGAGGCCAGCAAAAACAGCCUCAAUGAGAAAGCACGUGAAAUUCGCAUCCUGGAGGACAAAGUAAAGCGUGUGGAGUUGGAGCUGGACGAGGAGAAAAGCUCUGUGGAGAUGCUGACGGACCGAGUGUCCAGGAGCAGAGACCAGAUCGACCAGCUGCGCUCUGAGCUCAUGCAGGAGAGAUCCUCCAAACAGGACCUGGAGCUGGAUAAGAACGCCAUGGAGAGACAUCUGAAGGAGCUAAGGAACCGUGUGGUUGAGAUGGAGGGUCAGUCUCGCUCCUCAACAGGAGUUUCUCAGCUGGAAAACAAAAUACAGGAGCUUGAAGACCGUCUGAGAAAUGAGGAAAGAGAGAAGAACAACAUGCUGUCGACACAGCGUCGACUGGAGAGGAAACUAAAAGAUCUCAACAUGACGCUGGAUGAGGAGAGACAGGCUCACACUGAACAGAGAGAUCAGCUUACCUUGAAAGUAAAGGCCUUGAAGAGGCAGGUGGACGAAGGAGAGACAGAGCUGGAGAGGAUUGAAACUCUGAAGAGGAAAGCCCAGAGAGACAUGGAGGAGCAAAUGGAGCUCAAAGAUGCACUACAGACCAGAGUCACCGCUUUGGAAACGGAGCUCAAGAGAAAAACUCAAGUCUCAAUGCGUCCAGCUUUGGAUUCAUCAGUUCUCAGCUCAGACGAUGACGACGACAGCCUGUACGACCCCUCCACUAUCACCUCCAUCCUAACCGAAAGCAACCUCCAGACCAGCUCAUGCUAAUGAUCGAGUUCCCAGGCGGAACAGAACAAGAGGUGGACAUUACAGCCCUGCAGAGAACAAUAACUGGGUGGGGGGGAGGGGGUGAACUGGGGGAAAAGUUAGAGGAGUGUAUGGUAUGCACUGCACACAAUGAGGGAGGAUGGAGAGGACCUUAACGACACAUUGUAGAGACCAAUGUUGGGAGGCAUUUUUCCAGACCAGCAUGAAUGUAAGGAAACAAAACAUUCCUAGUAUUUAAAGGAAUUUCCCCCCCAGCCUUUCCCCCGCCAUCUCCAUCUCAACAAUACAUGACCAAUACUGCUGAAGGUGCACCAAUAUAUGCAGCUUGGACUGCUUCAAAACUUAAGCACACUUAUUUGAGUUUGUUUUUUUAAGCACAAAUUGAGUAUGUCGGACCAUUUCAGCGCUGCUUCACCUCUGAAGCGUGUUGCAUUUUGAAUUCACUCAACUCUCUUUUUUUCUUUUUUCAUGGCCAUUUAAACAUGUUUCUGCAGCAGUUUCCAGUGCAGAAGUAUUCAGAUCAACCCUGACUAAGAUUACAUCACCAUAAUUAGAAAACCAGUGGAUCAAAAAACCUUAAGCCUCUAGAGUUAAUCUCUAAGGAUGACUAGUCACUCUAGGUGUUAGCUUUAUAUAGUAUGAUAAAUUAAAAGUAGUAUGAUUAUGUAGUACAAAUACAACGGAAAUGUAGUAUUUAUUUAAACAGAAAAGUCUAUAUGAUAAAACAGAAAAGGAACAAUUUUUCAUACUGAUACCAGAAUAUUUGUCAUUAGUGUGGAUUUUGAUGAAAGAGUUAAAGAAAUUACAUGGAGACCCAUAAAUUAAAUGCUUUUUACUUAAGGUUAUUUAUUCCGGGGUUCCUUCACAGCUUAGAAAAGUCUGUUAUUUACCUUCGAUGUUUUCCAAGACUCUAUGGAAACAAUAAUAGAGACAUGUUUAAAAUGUAGGUAGGAGAAAUUACUACAGAACAAAAAUCUAAUGCAGCUGAAUAAAUGUAGCAGAUUUUACAUUGAUUUAUAUUUUUAUAAAAUGUUUCUAUCUCCAAUAUUCUAUACCAGCAUAUGGAUCUACAGGCGUCUGUCCCUAUAACAGCAUGUAUUCAGUUAAGGUGCCACAAAAGCAGGGGAGUGGCCCUAUGCCACACUAUGGAAAAUGGAUGAAAGGGUUUGUUUCAUCAUUUAUUCCCAAAUGUCAAGAAUGCCGUGAAACUGAAGAUUUGAGCCAGGAAAAUUAUGUAAUUUUGGAUUCAAAAUGUUAAGGAACUCUGUUAUAGCUUUUCUGCUCUUUAUGUAAGAACAGUGCAAGUUUAAUGAGCUGACUACUCAGUCAGCUGCUUUACUGACAUGUGAUUUAGAAGACAUAGUUUUAAAACAUAAUAACACCCGUGAUUAUAAACUCUGCUUUAGUUUA